AUGCACCGCACAGACUUCUGCCCGCUUCGAGAGGGAAACAUUGCAUUCUCGCUGUCAACGCACGCCGAAAACAAUGGGUUCAAACGGACGAACAUGGCCACGAGAUCUAGACCCAUCAAGCACCAACUAAAGGAGAUUCCCACCAUCACCGACUCGCGGCCCCCAAAGAAGGUGAAGUCCGACGACUGCAACCUUUCAAUGCUUGUCACAUGUCCUCGGACUAUUGGAGAUUGGCCGAAAGUCAGCAACGCCAUCGCUACUGCAUUCGCCACGACGGUUCCUAAGACGUACUCACUCUACGCGGCAGAAAGCUUCGAUUCGCACAACUGCAACCAAUGCAACCCAAGCCCUCACGAAGCCUACAUGAAUCUCCAGCAGCCAGAGAGAGACCUAGACAUGAGCAUAUACUGGCCUUGUCAGGAAGUCAUGCAGCAACAAACCGUGGCUGAAGAGUCUGCGACGGCAACUGUCAUAACUCCUGACAACGUGUUGCACGUGUCGAGCGAAACAACGCCGAAUGGGCCAGCUACUGUCUAUUUUCGGGAGCUGAACUCUUUUCUGUUCUUUUCAAACGAUAAAGACACGCUCUGGUCAUUCCCUACGGCUUUGGUCACUGUUGCCGCUGAACCCUCAACCGAUGCGACAGUUCCAGAUUUCAAGGUUGCCGAUACCGAAGGUGAAGAAAGAUCGACUCAGGCAUACAACGUUUCUUCCCCACCUUCUAUGUUACCCAGCGGCGUAGAAUCUUUGUCAACUACGCAGCGUCAUGACCAAAUUCUCGGCCCAGAACAUCCUAUUUACAUCAAUCCGUCCGUUCUAUUUCAACCCAACAACAGCGCUCUGGAGCCAAAAACCAGCUAUCCCAGUACGGAAGUACACCCUGGCAGCGCCGAGUAUGCAAUCGCGCUCUCUCAAAGGCGUUCCAGGGGCAGUGGGCAGUCUAGCGGGCUCAAUGAGACGCCAUGGUUGCCGUUGGCUCCGCCAACAAAUCCGGGGCGAUCUGCUAAGACAUCAUCUUCCACGUCAACCGAAGACAGCCUACUUACUCACCGCCAACAUAUUGCCCGCAUGUUCCCGCCUUCGUUGGAAAGCGAAGAAGAUCCUGAUGAUGAAGUGCCGAGCAGCCCGGCCUUCUGUGUGGAUUUUGACGACCUAACAUCAGAUCUACUGUUAGGGCAUGCUAAUUGA